AUGAAAUUAUGGUCAUUCAGAAUUGAAUUCUCUUGUUUUUCAUCCAACGACAAUGAUCCCAAGGAAGAAGUAUCACUCGAUCCAUCAGAUUGGAAUGAUACACGAUAUUUGGGUCAUCAAAUUAUGGAUGAUAUGAUGGAUUAUUUGCGUGAUCUUCGUCAAAGACCAACUUGGCGUCCGAUUCCUCCAAAAAUAAAAGAAAUCAUUGCAACCAGUGUUCUUCCACUACAUGGUCAAUCGCCUUGGGAAGUCUACGACGAAAUUCGUUCAAUUGCACUUCCCUACGUAGUGGGUAAUAUUCAUCCUCAUUAUUGGGGUUAUGUUCAAGGUUCUGGUUCACCAAUUGGAGUACUAGCAGAGUUCAUUACAGGAACAAUGAAUACAAUGUCUUGGGGUGGUCAUCAAGCAAGUAUUUACUUAGAAUGUCAAGUCUUAUCAUGGCUUAAAGAAUUAAUGGGUUUUCCUACAGAUGAGACAAGCUCAGGUGUCCUUGUCAGUGGUACGUCUGUCGCUACAAUCAUCGCUUUGGCAGUAGCUCGAAAUAAAUUUCAUAAUCGUACUAUGAAGAUUUAUUGUUCAAACGAAGUACAUAGUUGUCUAGCACGUGCUGUCGAUCUUUUAGGUAUUACUAGAACUAAUUUAAUAGUUAUUCCAACAAAUUCACAACGCCAAAUUGAUGUGGAGGUUUUGAAAACAAGUAUAGAUUUAAAUUCUUGUGGCUUUAUCGUCGGUUCAGCAGGCACAGUUGGUACCGGUGCCAUUGAUGAUUUAGAAGGUUUAGCUGAUCUGUGUGCUAGUCAUCCAGAGAAUCUUUGGUUUCAUGUAGAUGGUGCUAUUGGUGCAGUCGCUCGUUGUUCCACACGUCUUCGACCAUUGUUCACUGGCUUGGAACGAGCCGAUUCAUUGGCAUUCGAUCUGCAUAAAUGGCUUUUUGUUCCAUAUGAAUGUGGUUGUAUUCUUAUACGCGAUGGUCAAUUACAUCGAUCGACAUUUGCACAGCCACCAGCAUCGUAUUUAACAUUAUUAGAUGGUGGUAUAACACCUAGCCACGGCGAAGUUUAUUUUAGUGAUUAUGGUCUUGAACUUUCACGAAAUACAAAAGCAAUAAAAGUCUGGAUGACAUUGAAAACGUACGGAAUCGAACGAUUCGGUCGUAUUAUGGAACAAAAUGUUGAUCAAGCUCUGUAUUUUGCUCGUUUAAUUGAACAAAAUUCGAAUGAACUCGAAUUAAUGGCGAAAACAACAUUAAAUAUUGUUUGCUUUCGAUAUAUCGUCCAUCGUUCGAAUAGUAUCGAUCAGCAACCUAUGUUGAACGAAUUAAAUAAACGAUUACUCGUAUUAAUACAAGAACGAGGUAUAGCAGUAGUUUCACCAUUUGUUGUCGGUACAAAUACGUUUGCAUUAAGAAUGUGUAUUACAAAUCAUCGAACAAAAUUAUCCAAUAUGGAUACAUUUUUGCAACAAGUCAUUAAAUUAGCUCAUGAACUAGUCAAUACUCCUGAAUUUAUAAUGCUAAACAAGAUUUAA